AUGGCUUCAAUCUCUUCAUACAAAGGUGGAGCAACCACUACAAUCACCGGCAUUGACCCGGAUGUGCUAGAAAGCCACAUAUUGACCAAAAUUGACGGCCCAUCUCUAGCCUGCUCGGCUUCUACUUGUCACCUUUUGCACACUCUUUGCCGCAAAGAUAACUUGUGGAAAGACAUUUGUAACGCAACUUGGAACUCCGUCAAGCAUCCUCUUGUUCGAGAUGCAAUCGCUAAGUUCCCUGGCGGCUACCGCUCGUUUUUCUACGGUGCAUUCCCGAUGGUCCGCCCGGGGAGCCCCGGGCGGACGAGGCGAGUCCUUCCUCAAGAUUACGCAUGGAAAAUAUAUUCGGCCGUGGAUAUUUACUACGGGAGUAAGGGGAUUCAUUCGAAAGUAAUUGUCACGGACACGGGUGAUAGUGCGUUCCUCGCUUUCUCGUUCUGGCUCGACUUGCUUGAUAGCCAAGAAAGCGUGAAAAUACCAUUAAAGUUUGAAGGUGAUGAAAACAAGUGCAUGUUAAAGCUUAAGGAAAACCUAGCCUUAAGCUGCAUACUUAUUGAUCCGAUUCGGAAACGGGCAGUGAACAUUUCUAGUCUGACACCAAUUUCGGUGCGGCCGCAUUGGGAUGGGAAUGAUGUACAAGUCAUGUACGCCACAAUACUUUCUGGUUUCGGCUCGUCGGAGUUUGUUGAAUGCCGAAUAGUAGCUACGGUACGAUGCAAGUAUGGCAAAGAUGUGAAAAUGAGGGAGGCGUAUUUGUACUUAGAAGACAUGCACAAGAUGCGUUUGAAUGGGGAUCGGAGUCUUAGAAUUUUUCUGGAAGCUAUGGAAAAUGGUGAAAGAAAGAAGGGCAAUGCAGGAGAAGAAAGAGAGAUUUAUAUGAAGUAUAGGGAGCUCAAGAGGAAGAGAAUAGAAGGAGAUUACAGGAGGGAAACUAGGUUGAGGAUCGGAUGCAGAGUUGCUUGUCUUGCUUAUCUGAUUGCUUUUGUUUUCCUCUGCAAUUUCUUGAACGUUUUCUAG